UAUACAUAUAUAGAUACAUACAUAUUUCGCUUAUGAUUUAUCAUUCUUAUCUAGUUUAAGUACAGGGGCAGAGGCAGACAAUUCCCCCUUUUAGUCUUGACGUCACAAGUGUGUUGAGAAAAGAAAAAUGGCGAUCGCUGAGGAUGUGGAAGAUGGUGGGCAAGAAGCGGUAAGACAACCAUUGGUGCAAGAGGAGACUAAGUCGAUUCACAGCAGUCGAGAGCGUGGGUCAUGGAUGGUCUACUUCAGCACGUUUGUGGCUGUUUGUGGCUCCUACGAAUUUGGAACUUGUGCAGGUUACUCCUCGCCCACUCAGAGUGCUAUCAUAGAGGAUCUUCAUCUCUCUUUACCCGAGUUUUCACUGUUCGGCUCCAUACUGACAUUUGGUGCAAUGAUUGGUGCAAUUACAAGUGGACCUAUCGGAGAUUUCCUGGGGCGGAAAGGGGCAAUGAGAGUCGCUACCGGUGCUUGCGUGGCUGGGUGGUUAGCAAUAUACUUCGCUCAGGGAGCAGCGGCUUUGGAUAUUGGACGAUUGGCUACUGGAUAUGGAAUGGGAGUCUUUUCUUAUGUGGUUCCCAUUUUCAUAGCUGAGAUUGCACCUAAGAACCUCCGAGGAGCUCUAACUACCCUCAAUCAGUUGAUGAUUUGCACAGCGGUGUCUGUAUCCUUCGUAAUUGGGAAUGUAGUCUCAUGGAGAGCUCUAGCAUUGAUUGGACUAGUCCCUUGUGUCAUUCUCACAUUCGGUCUUUUCUUCAUUCCUGAAUCUCCAAGAUGGCUGGCAAAAGAGCGACGACAAAAGGAAUUUGAAACAGCUCUCAAAAAACUUCGUGGUGAGGAGGCUGAUGUGUCCCAAGAGGCUGAUGAGAUCCAGGACUAUAUAAGGAGCCUUGAACAACUCCCCAAACCCAAACUGACUGAUUUGUUUCAGAGGAUUUACUUGCGCUCAGUCAUUAUUGGGGUUGGAUUGAUGGUCUGUCAACAAUUUGGAGGAAUCAAUGGGAUCUGCUUUUAUGUCGCCAAUAUUUUUGAGUCAGCGGGAUUUUCGGUGAGCGUUGGAACUACAGCCUAUGCAAUUCUUCAGGUCAUAGUAACGGGCAUUGGUGCGAUCUUAAUAGACAAGGCUGGAAGAAAGCCCUUGAUACUGGUUUCUGCAUCAGGGUUGGUCCUCGGAUGUAUCCUAGACGCAGUUGCUUUUUAUCUGAAGGCGAAUGAAAUAGCAAUCCAGGCAGUUCCAGUGUUAACUGUAGCUGGGGUGUUGGUGUACAUAGGAUCCUUUUCGAUUGGAAUGGGUGCUGUUCCUUGGGUUGUAAUGUCUGAGAUAUUCCCCAUAAACAUUAAGGGAUUGGCUGGAAGCAUGGCAACACUAACCAACUGGUUUGGUGCUUGGGCUUGUUCGUAUACUUUUAACUUCCUUAUGGCCUGGAGCUCCUAUGGUACCUUCCUUGUUUAUGCUGCAAUCAACGCAAUGGCUAUAGGGUUUGUGGUGACGGUAGUACCCGAGACGAAGGGGAGGUCCUUGGAACAAAUCCAAGCGGCUAUUAAUGGAUAGUCUUUUGAAAAUUUCUGUCAUUAGCACUACUUCCGCAUCUUGCUUUGCUCAGUGCUUCCGGACUAAACUCCGCAUUUCCUUUUCCAUCUAUUUAAUUAACAUUGGAAAAUUGUUAAAGUUGUGAAAUAAGAAAGUGGUCUGCUCGGACGUUGUUCCAUUGCCUGGUA